GCAUGUGUAAUUUCAGUAAACAUUACCCGGAUCGUCACAGAUCGGUGCCGCAUCCUUGCCGUACGAAGAGAGCCGGCAGAAUUAUCCUGCUUUCCACCCUAAAGUGAUAAAAAAAGAAGUGCUCAUCAUGUUCAUUACCAACAUACUGCUGAAGAAAGCGAAAAGCAAGAAUAUCCUCGUGCUGAUGGAAAGUGCCGUCAGUGGGCAUCAGUUUACCAUGAUCCGUGAGCGGUUGGCCGACAAGCUGGAACUGCAGCGCUUUGACCCAUACAUUCAAAAGAUGUGCCUGUACCGGGAGCGCAAACGGCUACGAAGUCUCAACUAAACGGGGUCCCAUGUAUUUUUUCCCCGGCAUUAUCCGGCUGCAGUCGUAGUUUGUGUACAUAAAUAAACCAAUAAACCGUGCGUGUGUGUUUGUGCGAAGCUUACCAAAAUCGA